GGGACCGGCGGGUGUAACCGGACACCGGCUUUCUGACAAAGGAGGGCGGGGCGGAGGUGUGACGCAGAGGAAAGGGCGUCGCCGCUGCGUUCGACACUGAAUCGUUUUUCCAGCAUUUGAAGCAGGGAUUGUUUUGAAACGUUUCGCUGGCUGCUCGCUUCGUGUGUUUGUUGGAAAUGAACUAAAAAGGAAACGCGGAGGUGACUGAGCUCUGGACGAACGGUUCCGCAUCCUCCGCCGAACCUCCGGGUUCGACGGUGUUCGGCUGCUUCGUUGCUGCGGCACAGAGGUACGUGGGCCCGGGAGAGGACGGAGGGAAGCGCCGAGCCCCGAAGCCAUGACGGAGCCUCGGCAGCGGCACCGAUUCGGCGGCGGCGGCGUCCUGGACGGGUUUAUUACCGAGCGUGGCGAAGUUAGAAAGGAUGCGUCCAGCCGUCUGUCACGGCUCAAAAAGUUGAUUAUUCGCCGGCACGGAGCGGGUAAGGCUUCGCUAUGAAAGGCCUUUCAGAAAACCCGGACGGGAGUCCGGAGCGGGUCAUGGAGCGGGUCAGGGAGGACAAGCUGAAGCUGUGGAGGGAUGCUGCCCUCAGGUCCAGAAAGCUGCGGAGCGACCUGCGUCAGCUCACCCUGUGCUCCAAAACCGACCACACCAUCACGCUGCCCGACGACAUCGGGGACAUCGAGGUUCUUAAUCUGGGUAACAACUUGCUGCGGGAGCUCCCGGAACGUUUGGGCUCCAUCUUCAAUAACCUGCGGGUCCUGGUCCUGCGUAGGAACCGGUUCAGUGCCGUUCCCUGUGUGGUCUUUGAGCUGGGCCAGCUGGUGGAGCUGGACAUGAGCCACAACUGGCUGAAAAGUAUCCCAGAGGAUGUGGCUCGACUGAAAGGCCUGAAAAAGCUCUGUGUCAGUCACAACAAGGUCCAACACCUGCCGGCCCAGAUCGGCACACUGAAGUUUUUGGAGGAACUAGAUGUUAGUUUUAAUGAUCUGCGGGAUUUCCCCCGGUCGGUCUCCAGCCUGUCCGGGCUCCGCACACUUGAUGCAGAUCACAACAAACUGAACCGGUUCCCCCCAGAGAUCCUGGCCCUCAGGGCGCUGGAGGAGCUGGACUGUUCUGGCAAUAAGUUUGAGGCUUUACCAGCCGCCAUGGUCAAGCUGCAGUCCAUUCGAAUCUUCUGGAUCAGUAGUCUUCACAUUUCCACUUUACCAGACUCGUUCUGUUUCCUGCACAAUCUGGAGAGUCUGAUGCUGGAUGCCAACAACCUCCAAGAGCUGCCACCUUCCUUUUGCAACUUGCAAAAACUGAAAAUGAUCAAUUUGUCCUCAAAUAAUUUUGACAUCUUCCCACGUGCUAUUUUAAGCAUCACAGGAUUAGAGGAACUUUACCUCAGCUGGAACAAACUGACCUGUGUUCCCGAGGAACUCGGACAGCUGGUGAAUCUGGCAAACCUCUGGCUGGACAAUAACAAAAUCACACAUCUGCCGGAUUCUGUUGUGGAGCUGGGCAAGCUGGAGGAACUUGUUUUACAGGGGAACCAAAUCGCCAUACUUCCAGAUAAUUUUGGGAAGCUGUCCAAAGUCAGCAUUUGGAAGGUGAAGGACAAUCCUCUCAUCCAGCCUCCUUACGAGGUGUGCAUGAAGGGGAUCCCGUACAUUGCAGCCUAUCAGAACGAACUGGGUCAGGCACACCUCGCUGUCAAGCCCAGACUCAAAGUUGUGUUGGUGGGGCGCCAGAACGCCGGGAAAACCACACUCAGGCAGCAGGUGGUCGGCAAACACAACCACAGAUUCCAGGGAAACACAGGAGUUGAAGUUGCACAGUGGGCGGCACAUGCCGGUCUGACGUUUCUGAUGUACGAUCUUUCCGGGAAGCAAAACUAUGACUUCAUCAAACCUUUUUUUCUCUCCUCGGGGGCCCUCUAUGUUCUUGUAGUCAACCUCAAAGCUUACUCACCCAAAGAGUUUUAUGCCCAUGUUGGGUAUUUUCUCCACCUGCUGGGUGCCAAAGUCCCCCACGCUGUUGUCUGUUUGGUGGGCACACAUGCAGAUCUGUGUGGAGCGCAGGAGCUGGAGGAGAAAACACUGGACAUCCACAUGCAGAUCUCCAUGCAGGAAAAACGGGAUGUCCAGUGCCUGCAGAGCCUCACGCAGCAGGUGGACCACGCUUUGGAGCUUGGCUUCAAGGUCCGCACCCUCAGCCCUCACAUCCUUUUCUAUGGUGUCUCCGACAAGAACCUGCAGCGGAAGAAAGCCCAGCUUCAAUCCCUGCUAAACCAAAGGCUCCAGAUCCUGUCUCCUGUUCUGUCUGUGAGCUGCGCACACACACAGACCAACAUUCAGAGGCUGAGGGAGAAGCUCGUGUCUGUCGCAGGUCACAGCGAGAUCUUCCCCAACCUCCACCGUGUGCUGUCAAAGUCCUGGCAGCUGAUUGAAGAGCUGCACUUUAAACCCAAAGAACUGUGGCUCUCAUGGUUGGAUUCGGCCCGGCUGGGUCUCCAGGCCGGACUGACAGAGGACCGGCUGCACAGUGCCUUAUCCUACCUGCACCAGAGCGGGAACCUGCUCUAUUUUAGGGACAAUCUGAUGCUGAAGGAUUACGUGUUUCACAAUCUGCCCAGAUUAAUUUCAGUUCUGGAUGCAUUCUUUCAGAGGGAUGAGUCUGACCUUUUGAACAGACUCCUAGCUGGAGUUGAGUGGGGGGACAAUGUGAGUCCAGUUCUAGAUGAUGAAAAGGAAGAAAACAUCGCUGUGGUUCAUCUCCAGCACCACGUGGAGGGCUUUCUCCAGCACGGCCUUUUACCCUCCAACAUCAUCUGCCUGCUCCUCAGACCCCUCAUCCAGACUCAGGAAGACCUCCUCCUCAUCAUGGAGCUUCUGGAGAAGAUGGGGAUCUGCUACUGUGUUAACAAGCCCUGCAGCAAUUCUCCAAACAGACCCACUAUAUGGUACAAGUUCCCGAGCUGUGUCAGCCAUGAAGAACCCCGAGCAGAGGCCUCUGUGAGCGGGAGCCCUCUGCCGCUCUGUCCAUUCUUCUCUGUGGAGCAGGUGCAGAUUGAGUACAGCUUCCCCUUCUUUUUCCCUCCUGGACUCUUUGCACGGUUCAGUGUGCAAAUAAACAGCCAUGUGCUUCAAAGGACAGACAGCGGACGCCAAAUCGUGGCCUAUCGGGGAAAGGUUCCGGUGGUGGUCAGCUGUGGGCCUUCCAGGGGGAAGCUGCAGACCCUGUCCAUCGCCAGUCAUGCUUCCCUGCCGAAUAUUUGGACUGCUUGGCAGGCCAUCACGCCGCUGGUGGAGGAGCUGAGCGAGCUGCUGCGGGAGUGGCCUGGACUCCACUACUCUGUCCACAUCCUGUGUUCCAAGUGCCUGAAGAAGGGCUUGUCCAGCCCACACGCCUUUCCAGGUAAGACACCUCAGCCAGCUGCUGUAGAACUGACCACAUAUGGAAGUCUGUGUUUGUGCUGGGACGGAGCUUUGUCUGCAGAAGUAGGACAGGGAAGGUUGUCUGUGAUCUCCACCACAAAAUGA